AUGUCUUCCUCAGCAGGAUUCAAUGCUCUGGCACGCGGUGUUCAAAAGCUGUUCGUCGGUAAUCUGCCGUGGACGGUCAGCACCAAGGAGUUGCAGGUCUACUUUUCCAAGUAUGGACAUGUUCAAUCUUCGAACGUAAUCUACGAUAAGACGACCGGGUUGAGCCGUGGUUAUGGGUUUAUUGUGUUCAAUACCCGUGAUGGGUACAGUAAUGCUACCAAUAAGGCUUACCAUUCGCUGGAAGGCCGGGUGCUUGAUGUUCAGCCGGCGUCGUCUUAGGAUGAGGGCAAUCUACUAGUGCCUAUGUUCAAAAUAUUGUUAGCAUAAUUGGAUUUAGCAAUAAAUCACUCAAAAGUA